GGGUUGCGGCGGGCGGAACGGUGUCUCCUUCACUUCGCCCUCCAGCCGCGGCAGCUGCAGCGGGACGCCGAGCUAGCCGAGCGGCCUCAGCUGCUAGCGGAGCGGCAGCGGUGCCUCCCCCUCCCCCCAGGAGACCACCAGAUCACCUGUCCCCGCGGCCUUGCCAUGGCGACCUACGGACAGACCUGCCCGCGGCCAAUGAGUAUUCCUCCAUCAUAUGCUGACCUUGGCAAAGCUGCCAGAGAUAUAUUCAACAAAGGAUUUGGUUUUGGGUUGGUGAAACUGGAUGUGAAAACAAAGUCAUGUAGUGGCGUGGAAUUCUCAACAUCUGGUUCAUCUAAUACAGACACUGGUAAAGUUACCGGGACCUUGGAGACCAAAUAUAAAUGGUGUGAGUAUGGUCUGACUUUCACAGAAAAGUGGAACACUGAUAAUACUCUGGGAACAGAAAUCGCUAUUGAAGACCAGAUUUGUCAAGGUUUGAAACUGACAUUUGAUACCACCUUUUCACCAAACACAGGAAAGAAAAGUGGUAAAAUCAAGUCUUCUUACAAAAGGGAAUGUAUAAACCUUGGUUGUGAUGUUGACUUUGAUUUUGCUGGACCUGCAAUCCACGGUUCAGCAGUCUUUGGUUAUGAGGGCUGGCUUGCUGGGUACCAGAUGACCUUUGACAGUGCCAAAUCAAAGCUGACAAGGAAUAACUUUGCAGUGGGCUACAGGACUGGGGACUUCCAGCUACACACUAAUGUCAAUGAUGGGACAGAAUUUGGAGGAUCAAUUUAUCAGAAAGUUUGUGAAGAUCUUGACACUUCAGUAAACCUUGCUUGGACAUCAGGAACCAACUGUACUCGCUUUGGCAUUGCAGCUAAAUAUCAGUUGGAUCCCACUGCUUCCAUUUCUGCAAAGGUCAACAACUCUAGUUUAAUUGGAGUGGGCUACACUCAGACUCUGAGGCCCGGUGUGAAGCUUACACUGUCUGCUCUGGUAGAUGGGAAGAGUAUUAAUGCUGGAGGCCACAAACUUGGGCUUGCCCUGGAGCUGGAGGCUUAAUCCAGCUGAAAGAAACCUCUGGGAAUGGAUAUCAGAAGAUUUGGCCUUAAUAUAUUUCCAGUGUGACCAGCAGGCUUUCCCCCCACCCCCACCCAAGAAGGUGAUCAAAACAAAGGAUGAUCUAAACAAGAGCUGUAUUUUAAAUAUUUAGGCAGUUACUUGUUAGCUGGUUUCUAGUUGAAUUGGUUAUCUAUCUAGUUACCAAUGCUGCAGUCGUGCAGUCACCUAUACAUUAUUUAAAUGUAUUUAACUGUUAAAUGCGCUACCCACCAAUAAUGAAAUAGACCUUUAUGAAAACUG